AUGGCCGUUUUUUUUUUCUUUUAUUUUUUUGUUUUUUUUGUUUUUGUUUUUUUUUUCCUAUUUGCAUGAGCUUAAACACUCUCAAAAAGCCCCUUAAUCCAGACACAUCUAUCUCUUUCUCUGUCUCUCCAGUCUUUCAUUUUGUUUUCUCGGGAAAAAUUUUCAGCUUUCUGGGAUUUUCUCACCCGAAACCCCGGAAAAAUGAGGUGGGAAAGAUUGCAGCUUCUGCGAGAAGAAGCUCCGGGAAUGGGUGCUGUUGAGAUUUCUGGGCCAGGGAAGAGGUGGGGACACACCUGCAACGCCAUUAAAGGAGGAAAACUCCUCUAUAUUUUUGGGGGUUAUGGCAAAGAUAACUGUCAGACGAACCAAGUACAUGUCUUUGACACUGUUAAAAAAACAUGGAAUGAGCCCAUGAUAAAAGGCAGCCCGCCUACUCCAAGGGACAGUCACAGCUGUACAACUGUUGGAGACAAUCUGUUUGUGUUUGGGGGUACAGAUGGGAUGAAUCCUCUCAAGGAUUUGCAUAUUCUAGACACGUCUACACAUACAUGGAUAUCUCCAAGUGUAAGAGGCGAAGGACCAGAGGCACGGGAAGGUCAUACUGCAGCCCUUAUUGGGAAGCGACUUUUCAUAUUUGGUGGCUGUGGCAAAUCUUCAAACGAUUCGGAUGAAGUUUACUAUAAUGAUCUAUACAUAUUGAACACUGAGACCUUUGUAUGGAAACGCGCCCAGACAUCGGGUACCCCACCAACUGCACGUGAUAGCCACACUUGCUCAUCUUGGAAGAACAAAAUCAUUGUGAUUGGUGGUGAAGAUGCAUAUGACUAUUAUUUAUCUGAUGUCCACAUCCUUGAUGCAGAUACUCUUGUUUGGAGGGAGCUGAACGCUUCGGGUCAGAUGCUGCCACCUCGAGCUGGUCAUACAACAGUUGCUUUUGGCAAGAACUUGUUUGUUUUUGGGGGAUUUACUGAUGCCCAAAAUCUUUAUGAUGACCUUCAUAUGCUUGAUGCUGAUACUGGUUUAUGGACCAAGGUAUUGGCUACAGGAGAUGGACCUUCUGCUAGAUUUUCUGUGGCUGGGGACAUUUUGGAUCCACAGAAGGGGGGUGUUCUCGUUUUUGUUGGUGGCUGCAACAAGACUCUUGAGGCACUCGAUGAUAUGUACUAUUUGCACACAGAACUUGUGAGAGAAAAUGGGCGAGAUGAGCGAAAGCUAGAGAGGCUAUCUAUGAGGAAGCAGUUGAAGCUAAAGUGCCAAGAACAAUACCUUCCUGCGCCAGGACAUGAUAAAGCUCUGCUGACAGUUGGGGCGAAUGCUGUUCUUUGCCAAUCCAGGCCUUCGGCAAGUCAUGGGCAAACAAGCCAACAAAAUUUUCCAAUUAAUAGCUCCCAGAUUCUUCAGGGAAAGAAGAUAUUUCAAGCGAACAUUACCGAAAGCUUCCCUGAUGGAUUUACUAUUGAAACUAUUAUAGAUGGAAAGCCUUUGCGUGGAAUAUUAUUUUCCAACAAGCCAAGCAAUUCAAACAUGGCUAAGUAUAAUUCCAGUAGGAAGAGAGCAGCUGGAGAAGUUGGUGGUAUUAAGUUGAAUGACAGUCAGAAGAGAAAACCAAAAAAUGCUAGACCCUUCAAGCAGGAUGAAAUUGAGCACAGACAGGCUGAUGUUGCCAUAGGAAAGGAGUCCAUAUCAUGUGAACGCCAAACAGAAGCCGCGGCUGCUGGUUUGAAUAAUUUAGCAACCCCUAAUGAUUCUCAGGCCCAGACAGAAGCUGCUGCUGCUGCUGUUUCAGAGAAUCCAGAACCUACUGGUGAUUCUCACCCUCAAAAGGUUACUGGAAACUCAUCGGUGUUGAUGCAGUCAAUCCUGAAAUUGGAAUAUGGAAGGACAAAUGAUGCACUGAACCAAAGCACUGAGUCUCCAGCAGAGAUUACAUCCACCGCCGCAAAGGAAUGCAUUUCUUUGCCCCCAAAAGAAGGUUUCUAGCUAUUCAGGGAGUCAUUCAGAAAUGAGUUGUUUGGGGAGUUGCUUUGGUUGGUUCGAAAUUUGCAGGCUGUUGUAUCCAAUCCAAAAGAUGGCCAAAUGAUGUGUUGACAAUCAUGUGGCACAUGGAACUCAAAUAUUCAACUUCAUUUCCUGAGCAUUUUGGUCUUGAAAUUUGUUGUGCAAUAUGGAAUCAGACACAGGAGUCUAACUAUCCUAUGAGAAAUCUGAACCCUAUACACAAAACGAAGUUGAAUGUUUGAUUUCACUUGGCUUCUAGAUCGAUCCAGUUUGAUCAGUUUUCCUAUUUACUUGGUACUAAUUGUCGUUCUAUCUUUUGUGAUAGGAGACCAUGGGGCACCAACCACUGAAGAGAAGGCAAAAUCAUUUUGAAUCAUGGCGGUGAACAAAUCCUUUUUGGUUAACUUCUUAACAUAACUCGAAGAUACCAGCCGUCGGCCAUUUGUACAUUCAUCAUUUCAAGAUGGUCAUAGAUGGUCAUAGAUGCAUUGACAGGUGAUAUACAGAAAUCUGCCCCCGGAACUGACACAAUCUGCCACUGACUCGAUACUUUUUAAAUUUAUCAUUGAUAGACCGCAGUUGUAUGUAGUAGUUUUUGUCUUAAAAAGGUAUCGCAAAGUUUAUUCUAUUUACUGCUUCA